AUGGCGGUCAAAGUAUUAUCAAAAUUCGAUUUACGUAGAUUGUGUCGUGUAGUUGGUGCUACACCGUUGGCUAGAUUAGGAGUUCCGACACCUGAAGAAAUGGGACAUUGUGAUAUUGUGGAAACAGUUGAAAUUGGAGGAGAUAGAGUUACAGUUUUUAAACAAGAAAAUGAAAUUUCCAAAACUUCCACCAUCAUAAUUCGUGGUGCUACACAAAAUCAUCUUGAUGAUAUUGAACGAGCUCUCGAUGAUGGUGUUAACAUUGUAAAAGCUGUCAUUAAAGAUGGACGUUUGGUUCCUGGAGCUGGUGCUACUGAAAUGGAGUUGAACAAGAGAUUAUCCUCAUUUGGAGAGAAAACUUCUGGAAUCAAUCAAUAUUCUAUAAAAGCAUUUGCGGAAGCACUUGAAGUAUUUCCUCGUACUCUAGCAGAAAAUGCAGGAUUAGAUGCUACUCAAAUUCUUUCCAAACUUCAUGCUGCACAUCAUCAAAAUGAUAGUGGUGUGAUUGGAGUGGAUAUUGGAAGUGAAACAGAUGAUUGUACAUUAGAUGCUGUUAAAGCUGACAUUCUGGAUUCUUUAUCGGCAAAAAGUUGGGCCUUGAAAUUUUCCGUAGAUGCUGCUUUAACAGUCUUAAGAGUUGAUCAGAUUAUUAUGAGCAAACCAUCUGGUGGACCUAAGCCUCCACAAAAGAAUUCAAAUUGGGAUGAAGAUUAA